AACGCACAUCCUGGUGGUCGCAAAUUAUAAGACGGGGUCGCCACAACAGCAUCUUGUAUUGGUUGCGUGUUCAACAACGGCAGCGUUGUUAUGUAUAAAGAGGUGUUCUGUUGUUUUUAACGCAACAGUGUGAUUUGAGAGUAAGACUACGGGCGGUGUAUUCUCUUAAAAUCUCAUUGUAUUGACGACAUUAGCGUGUGCUUCUACCUGUACUGACAAGUAAGUUUUCAUCGGUGUUUAAUUUUCUGAUAAUGUUAAAACGAUUUAAAUUAUUUUAAUAUUUAUUUUAAAAUCGUAGAAUUUUUUUUAUUUUUUUAUUUUUUUUUUGUGUGUGCACGGUACAAUCCCAAUAGCAAAGUUAUCAUUCUUCGCUCUCAGGUGUUAUAUGAUCUUCUUAAUCCUUAUUCCUUAUGUACCAUCAAUUAUCUUGUCGUCAAAAUUACGCAUGCCUUCCAUUCAAAGUUACUGAAAGAAAGAUGUCAACAGAAGUUGUAGAUGUUGAUGGAGACAUGAACCUUAGAGUCGAUUCGAGAAGCUGUAGAAAUGGAUUUAAAUUGAAAGUGUUUUCUAAAAGCCCCCAUGCUGUGGCGUAGCGAGGGUUUUCGCGCCCUGGGACAAGAUUCGCGCCCGGGGAAAAGAUCCAUUUUUAGCGCCCCUUUUUCUUUUUUCAACUCUCAAACCCAUUAUUUUCAUCAAUAAAAUAAUAUCAACGACAGAUGUCCUAAUUCGCGAGCUACUAUUUGCGGAUGAUGCGGCACUAACAGCACACACAGAAUUGUUUUGCAACAACUCGUGUCAAGCUUCUCCAAUGCCUGCAAAGAAUUUGGUCUGCAAAUCAGCUUGAAAAAGACAAACAUCAUGGCCCAAGACACUCGACCUCCACCUAACAUAAAAUAUGAUAAUGAAAACUUGGAGGUUGUGGACAGCUUCACCUACUUGGGGUCCAAGGUCUCCAAUACACUGUCCAUUGAAGAAGAAAUUAACAUCAGAAUCGGCAAGGCAGCUGCCACAAUGGCUAAACUAAAUAAACGAGUCUGGCAAAACACCAAGCUAACGGAGAAAACCAAACUGUGCGUCUAUCGAGCUUGUGUCAUCAGUACACUACUAUACGGGAGCGACACAUGGACCACCUAUACAUCCCAAGAGCGCAAGCUAAAUAGCUUCCAUAUGAUAUGCAUGCGUCGCAUCCUUGGUAUUAAAUGGCAAGAAAAAGUGACCAAUAGUGAGGUCCUAAUGCGUGCGAAUACCCAAAGCAUGUUCACAAUCCUUAAUGAAAGACGCCUGAGAUGGCUAGGUCAUGUUAAAAGAAUGAGUCCCGGCCGCAUUCCGAAAGACCUCCUAUAUGGUGAACUUGCUUCUGGAAAGAGGAAAACAGGUCGCCCACGUCUGCGAUUUAAAGAUGUCUGUCAAAGGGACAUGAAAGCAGCCAAAAUACAUACAAGUGACUGGGAGUGUAAGGCAAAAGACCGAUCUACGUGGCGCACAGUUGUCAAAGAGGGCGUCAUGGUAGCCGAGGUGCGAAGAAUGGAAGAGGCUGCAGACAGAAGAGCUAGGAGGAAGGCCAAAACAUUUGGAAGCACGGAACUCGUGUGUAAAAACUGUGGUAAAGACUGUCACUCAAGGAUAGGAUUGCACAGCCACUCGAGAAAAUGCAACCCAACCCAACGGUGAUGCACCAUCGUCUCACGAGACGGAAUGAUGCCGAUAUAAUAUACCAUAACCAGUUCUCGUUUCAAGAAGUCUUUGAAUACUGAUUGAUUUUAGUUACUUUUUUGUUCCUUUUAUAAUCUUCUACUUUUUAACGUCUAGCAUUUCAAAGGCCUUACUGGCACGCUUGAAUAUUUAACAAGUUGACAUGAAUUUUGACUAGCUCUUAUUUCUUGGCGUAUUUUCUUUAGUUCUGUCCGCUGAAGAAGUCUCAUGCACGAAACACCCUUAUCUUUUCUCCUGUCUUUAGACGCAAACUGCCACAUACACAGUGCUGUUAUAUCCUUGAAUAGAGACACGGAAAUCUUCACAAGCUGGCAUUGCUUGCAAUAAUACAUUUCUUUGUUUGGUCGUUAAAAAGAAUAUGAAUUAGCGUGGGUUUUGGGGGGAAUUGGCGUGUCAGCCAAGUAUGCUUCUAUCUUUUUGAAUACCUCUUUGGCAAUGUCCAUGAUUGCUUUUUUUUCCCAUAAGUUAUAUUUAAAUAUAACUGCUAUUUUCUUAUUGCAGUCAGGUCACAUGACUGUAGCAGAAAAAUUAUAUAUUUCAGGUGAAAACAAGCCAAAAAUAUUCUACGCAGAGCAAAGCCAUCUAGAAACUUGAUCUGAAGAUAGUUUACAUCAUAUCUUUUUAUAAAGGUAGUAGUAUCAUUUCAUUCAUGCUGAACUGAGUUCAUAAUUUCUAAAUGUUUAAAAAAUGUAAUAUUAUAAUUUGAUAAUUUAUUUUAAUUAAGUGAUGUUAUUACAUAUUCUUCUAGUUGUGCUUUGACUUCAUUCUGGUCAGCUUCUGUGGUCAGCUGGUUUUUGGUAAGUAUUUGGUAAUAAUAUCGUUUUUAUCUCUGACUUCGGUCAUUGUGUAUUAUGCUUAUUCUUUGCUUAUAUUUAGCCCUUGCAAGUAGAUGGUCAGAGUUUGCAUUUGCUCAUCGAUAGCUUCUUACGUCUAGCAUGUCUGAAACAUGCCGCCGAUCGAUUCGAGAAUGAUCAACUUCGUUGUGAAUGAUUCCAUCUGGACAGUUCCGAGUAACGUUAUGCAUAAUUUGUGUGGGGAAACUUGGUGCUGCUGUCAUCCCAUUUCCCGAAGCAAAGUCUGGGAGUCGGAUCCCAUUGCCAUUGGAUUCUUCAUAUAGACUGUCCUUGCCAAUACUUUUUCUUUCCCUAUUAUUGCAUCAACGCCCCCCCCCAAAUAACUUAAUACCAUUUUGUGGUGCUUAAUAUUCGAUUUUUUUUACAUAGCCUCAAAAAGGAUGUUUUUAUCUCAUCUUAUGUAUCUUCGGUGGGAGAGUAAAAGUUUACAAUUGCUAUAUUCAACAUUUUCCUUCGCACAUGCAAUAUACCUGAUAUUCAUUAAAUUUAUUUUUUUUAAAUAUAUAAUAAGAAUAAGAAUCAAAAUAAUAUCAUUCCCUAAGUUGUUUUUCCCCACAAAACUAUUUACCUUUGCCUAAGCUUAAUUGUAAUUUUAUUUCUGGAAAUAUUGGACGAGUAGAUCAUGAUGCAGCUGUGAGCAGUUUUCGCAGUGGAUUAGUCAUGUAUCAUACCAUGACAGCAAAAUUUCGAGCAACAUGAAAAUUAACUUUUCUAUUUCAGUCAAAAUCGUAAAUGAUUUUAUGGCAACUUUCGGUGCCGAAAUCGAAAUGCGGUCGGGAGCUUUAAUUUAUAAGUCAUUAACAAAAAUUUGCUUUUGCAAUCCUGAUAUUGAUCUCUUCAUCAACGGAGAGAGAACAACUAAAAAUAUUGGAUCCCAGGUAUAUGAAAUGAUCUACAAACGAAAGAUUAUGACCCUCAAUAGAUAUGGUUGGAGGUGACGGUGCUUCUUGUAUCAUUACAUGAGUUUUCUGUAGACUAAUCGAAAUAUGUGUAUAUACCACAUUGGAUACAAAUAAACAAUUAAUUGUUGGUUAUGACAAAUAUUAAUAUUAACAUAACACUAGAAAAUUCAUUAAAAUGAAAUAACAAGCUCUCGGCCUCUGUUGUUUUUUUCUACUGACCACACUGAUGUCCAGAUUAUUUGUAUUUAUUUCAAAGCUGAUAUGUUUUAUCAACUAAUUGUAUCACAAUCCAAUCAACCACGGACAGCUGUUGCAUUUAGAUCAACUUGAAAUUACUAUAAUAGCACAGCCAUUGAUACUGUUUAGUCAGAUAUUGUAUCUGCUUGGACCAAUUCAUUUAGUGUUAGAUUUUCCAUACCGGUGGUGUGUUACAUUUAUGAAAUGAGUAUGUCCUAUCCUCUACUUCUUCUCUUGAUGAUUCAAUGUUGUUGAUCCAGACUCCAGAGACAACAUUGGCAUGCAUAUCAUUUCAUCUGGUCAAUAUGAAAUUGAACUUUGCCUCCAUGUCAGCAGUUUGCUCAGUUUUUAUCUUUUAGACCCGUGCACUGUAUAGGCCUGUCUAUUGGCCUAAAUUAAAAAAAAAUUGUGAAUUUCAUAAUGCAGAGAAUGAACUCCUAUUAUCUAGUAAUAGUUCAAUUGGGUCUUGUAGAUGAGAAGUCCAGUGAGUGUUAGAAACAUUGUUCAUCAACUGGAAAUGUCCAGUUUUAAAAUCACGCUGGCUCAGUUGCCAUAACAUUGCAGCCGCAAACGCUGUGUACAUUUACAAAGCUUCUCCAGCCUUGAUGGUGUAAAUUGAAGUUGAAAAAUGAUCAAGGUGAAUGAAAUGGUCAUCUCCUCUUGUUUUAGACAGGUUUAUGUAGGUAGAUCAGGUCUUAAGGCAGUAAUAGCCAUGUCAUGAUGACUGGGUGGUCCAAUGUCCUAGUCACCACUCUCAUAAUGUGAAAUGAUAAGCUGUACAUUUAAGCUAAGAUCUUAUAAUUUCAAACAACUGAAUAAAACUAAAUGCGUUAAUCAAUUAAAAAUAAUACAAAUCAAAAAUUAAAGUUUCUUUUUUUAAAUCCACAAUAAAUCAUAGACCGAAAAGGCUUUGCCUCCUCUUGGCGUAUUAAAUGGAAAUUACACGCAAAUAUGUCUAAGAAAAAAAUGAUAGCAUAUACACUUGAUACACAAACAUGCGUAAGCUUAAAUACUUAUUUGACAUUUUUAUGAAGUUCACUGUUACAUUUUAACUACGUAGAAUGCUUUUUGAACUAUCGUAAUAAAGAAAAAAGUCUUAGCUUUAAAAGGGUUUGUCAUUUCUAUGACCAGAAAACGUCACAUCGUUUUACGUAAUGUUACUAUUUUUAGACAAUUUAGAACAUAGAUUCUAACAUUGCAUUUCCAAAUAUAAAAAAGUAGUAACAAUUUUUUGAUUUUUAAAUCUUUCUUAAAAUAAAGUUGUUAACACGUUUUCGUCUAGGUCUUCACCCACUAUGCCGGCUCACAUUAACAAAGAACUCCCCAACAGCUGUUGAGAGAGAGGCCAAACGGAGUACCUGGACAUUUUUUUAUAAAUAUCUUAGUGAGCUUUGGCCAUACUGUAUGCCCGGAUGUUCUAUUAAUAGAUUGCCGCCAUUAAAUGACAAACCCUAUCGCAAACUUUCGCUUGGGUCAACUUGCACAAACUCAUCAGCAGUGCUGUCUUUCUCUUGGUUCUAUUCUGCUAGAAACACUUCUUGACUUCAAAUGUUAUUUACAACAUCAUUGGUGUAUUACUGUGGAACCUUUUUUUUUUUUGGUAUAUUUUUGUGUUACCGACCGUUCAGUGAAUUUUGGUAUCGUUUAACAAACCCAAACCCAAACAUAAACCCAAACAAGAUACAAUAACUAAAAAAAAUUUGUUUAUUUAAAAAGCUGAAUCGAAGCUUAAAAUAGCUAAUUUUUAAACAAUUGUAUUCAUGAAAUUAAAGUGCAGCGUUAAAUAUAAUUUUGGUACAUAAAAAGGAGUGAAAAAAAAAAUCAAGUUAUAAUCCACGAGUCACUCCUGAUCCAAAAGUUAAUAUGUGACGCAACUUUGAGAGUUCAAAGGAUAUUUUAUUUUUGUUAAGGGUGUGUGUGUGUGUGUGGGGGGGGGGGGCUUGCAGAGUAUUGAAAAGUUUGAGAAUAAAUGGUUUAGAAGUUUGAUUUUCCUGUUGUUCACGAAUAAUACAAAGAUUUCAUUUAAUUGUUACUGGCUGUUUACAUGAAAUGGACUGAGAAGCUCUCAACUGAAAAAUUUUACCAUCUUAUAACAGGUGCUACGGUAACAUAUAUAAGGUGACAGACGGGGUUAGUUUAAAAUGUAAAUUUUAAAAAGUCAAAUUACAUCUGUAUGUCCUAACGUAAAUAAUUGUAUCAUCAUCGGCGUUUACAUUUUAAAAAAAAACUAAAGGUAUCUGUUUAUGACAGGUAGAUAUUUUUAGGUCAACUAUAACGAAACCGUUUUUGAUAAAUUAUCGGUAAAAAAAACUUCGACUGUACUUUCUCCGAAAUUGGUGCGGUUUUUUUCAGAAUCAACCGUUUUCCGCCCCUGGUUUCUAAUUAAUUAUUGAAUUCCGUGGCCUUCCUUCAGUAUUUUCAAAGGACUCUUAUAAAGCCGAGCUUAAAGCUGCCUAUACUUCUUAUAAUAAUGUCUUUAAACAUCAGCAGAUCGUACAACUCAUUUCACGAUGCCAUCACAGAAAGUUCGCUUGUGUUUCCUCGCUGUCUGCAUCUUCUCAGUGACACACCAAGUGGCGUCCAUCAGUGUCGGAGCCUUCAACAUUCAAACUUACGGUGACGCGAAACAGGCGGCGCAGGGCCCAAAUAUCGCUCAGGUGCUGACCCAUUACGACAUCGUCCUCAUCCAGGAGGUCCGUGACCAGGACCACUCGGCCCUCAUCAAUCUCAAGAACCUGCUCGGGUCCACCGCCUGGGACUACGUGUCCAGCAAUCCCGUAGGACGCACGACCCGCUACAAGGAGCAGUAUGUUUUCUUUUACAAGAAGGUUUCCCUGAACGUCCUGGGGAAUUUCCAGUACAACGAUUCCAAGAGUGAUGUGUUUGAGCGUGAGCCGUUCGCCGUGGACAUAGAGUACCCGUCCACGUCACUAGGCCACGCCGUCAAUGUCGUGCUGAUGGGUAUACACACAAAGCCCGACAUGGCAUUGGAAGAGUUACAAGUGAGUACAUUCAGAAUUUUAAAUGUGUGAGAUCAAAGCAGUGGUCUGGCUGGGUAUUCCGCCGAACGUAGGAAAAAUAUCACAGGAAAAUAAAUUCACCGAAAAUAAGCGACACACAAAAAAAAGAUCACAAUUUUUAUAAUUGUGUACGGUGUCAGUGUUUAUGUGUUGUAUUAUUUUUAAAAUGUAUUUAUAUUUGUAAGUCCAUAUUAAUUUUGAUUAUCGAGUGAUUAACACCAAAUAGAAAAUUGCGGCAGCUCAUUCGGAUCAUGAUUUGACUCUCUUCUGGCUUCCGAUUAAAUAGGUUUUUGUAAUUUUUAGAAGGUAAGCCUGUUAUAUUUCACACAUUCAUUCCCCGAUUUGUUCAUAUUCAGAAGCCAAUAAACACGUAUAUGAAAGAUUGAAUAACAAUAAAUCGGAGUAAGUGAUUGCGAUCAAUAAAGCUCUCGUACAGUAAGAUCGUGAUGUGGUUCUCUUUCGGGGUAAGCGAUGACAGGAAGCGUCCGUCAAUCAAGGCCGUUGAGACUUGGAUCUUUGGCUGCUUGGGCUGUGACAGAGGGUGCGGUUAUACCUGUAAAUCAGGUUACUGUGCAUUUUUAUGAGUAUUCUUAACAAGAGUGCUGCAGAAUAAGUUUUGAAAUCAUGAGUGGGCGAGGCGAUGCAAAACGAUUUAGAGCCCCUGACAUAUAGACAAUACGUCAUGUUAUUGAACACUAGAGGGCUAAAAUUUUCAUAAUGGUCUCUAACACAUUCACAAGUCCUAAAUAAUUUUUAAACUGAGGGGAAGGGUGGGGUGGGGGGGAACUGAGCUCACCAUUUUGACCUAUGCUGCAGGAGCUCUUGGACAGUCAGGUAAAUAUGUGUCCCGAUUAAAACAGUAUUAGUAUUAAAUAUAUAUAUAUAUAUAUAUAUAUAUAUAUAUAUCACACAUUGUAAUUACUUUGUUCAAUUGUGUUUUCUCCUCCCAGGCCUUGCCAACCGCCAUGACAGCUGCCAAAGCUCUCUUCCCCAACGCCGCCGGUGUCAUUGCCAUGGGCGACUUCAAUGCCGACUGUUCUUACCUUAACAACCAGGAGAAGGCAACCCUUCCCUUGUUUGUCGACCCCAAAUAUCGGAGCUUGAUUGCCGACACCGUCGACACCACCACAUCGACCACCACCGACUGCGCCUAUGACAGGAUCGUCAUAGAAGGCAACGCGGAUAUCAUGGCCGAUUCUGCCAAAGUUUACAGAUUCGAUACUGCCCUUGGGCUCAACAACACCAUCACUCGGGCUAUCAGUGACCAUUACCCGGUGGAGUUCAGGCUGAACUAGAAACUCUUUUGGGCGAUAACAUUCGUUCAUCAGGCUUUCACUAUUGAUCUUUUUUUUUAAAUUUGGGGGGGGGGGGCAAGUAGAGAUUAAAAUAACUUUAACUCUUCAUUUAUAAAUUAUGGUUUAACAAAAAGAAAGUGUGCAAAUUGAAAGGUGCGUUUGACUCCCCCCCCCCCCC